AUGGUCGGAGUUCUGAAAACACUUGGCUCCUUGGCUGCUCUGGGCCUUGCCCAACUUGCUAAUGCCCAAGGAGGUGUCUUUCAUAUCAUGCCUCUUGGUGCUUCCAUCACCUUCGGUGUAGGCUCCAGCACCGGAAACGGCUACCGUGGACCCCUUCUCAACACCCUCGCGUCGAAUGGGUGGUCCAUCGACAUGGUCGGCAGCCAGCGUGGCGGAAAUAUGGUUGACCCCGAUAAUGAGGGCUUCCCCGGCCUUCGCAUCGAGCAAGUUCACCACGACAAGGCUGUGGUGGAUGUGCCCAAGUAUCGCCCCCAUCUCUACCUCAUCAACCUUGGCACAAACGAUGCUUCGCAAAACUACGAUAUCGGAAACGCGGGUGCUCGCAUGAACGACCUUUUCAACUACCUCUGGGCCAUUACUCCCGACUCGACUAUCAUUCUUUCCACCUUGGUGAUCAACCGCAAUGCAGACGUCGAUGGCCGUGUCCGGCAAGUCAACACCCAAUUUACCAACCUGGCCAAUACCCUGAGGAGCCAGGGGAGAAAGAUUGUCCUUGUAGACAUGCAUGGCUCCAACGGUCCUCAGUCGAACGAGAUGUCUGAUGACACACAUCCCAAUGAUGCUGGGUUCCAGAAGAUGGCGAACAUCUUCUACCAGGGCAUUCUCGAGGGCUCGCGUGCUGGGUUUUUCUAA